AGGAAAGAGUUGUAUGAUAUCGUGAAGCGCGUGACACGUCGCUCAGCACUUCUCCCAACUGCUGGACUGACGGACUGACAGUCAGUCAGCGCACCGACCGCAAUUACACGGGAUAAUAAUAAUCAUGGCCGAUAUCAACUCCCGGCGAUCUGUUACCCUAACUGCCGACCAGAGAGAAGACAUACAAGAGGUUUUCAAUACAAUCGAUCAAGACAACAGUGGGCACAUCACAGCAUCCGAACUCGAUAAUGCUCUUGAACAACUCAACAUAAAGCUUGCUGGUUAUGAAAUCCGUGAUUUGAUUGGAAACUUUGAUCAUGGAGAAGAUCAAAAAUUGGAUAUUGAUGAAUUUCAGAUGUUAUAUCUUGAACUGAAAAAAAAUAAAGAUCUAGGAAUCCUGUUUAAGAAACAAGUACAACGCCGAGAGGGAAUCUGUACCCAUGGCGGUCGCACCACAGCCUCCAGUGCAGGGACCACCCACUCCGUACGCACAGCAGAACAAGUUGCCUUUUCUGAAUGGAUCAACUCAAACCUUAGCAGGGAUAAAGAAUGUCAACCCUACCUGCCACUUAAUCCAGAAUCUGAUGAUCUUUAUAAGAAAAUGGCCGAUGGCAUCCUACUAUGUAAACUCAUCAACAUCACCAGUCCAGACACAAUCGACGAAAGAGGAAUCAACAAAGUCAAUCCAAAUGUCUAUCGCAAACAUGAGAACUUGGUGUUGGCGCUAAAUUCUGCUCGGUCCAUUGGUUGCAACAUUGUCAACAUCGGUGCGGAAGACAUCAAGGAUGGAACUCAGCAUCUGGUUCUUGGGUUGUUGUGGCAAGUCAUCAGAAUUGGUCUUUUGAGUGACAUUGACUUGAAGCAUCACCCUGGCCUGGUUCUACUUUUGGGAGAAAACGAGGAGCCUGAAGACUUACAGAAGUUGACACCCGAACAAAUAUUGGUGCGUUGGGUAAACUAUCACCUGAGGAAUGCCGGUGCCAAUUUGCAGAUCAAUAAUCUGGCUGAGGACAUUAAGGACUCGGAAGCUUACUCUUAUUUAUUGCACCAAAUUGCUCCACGUGAAAAUGGCGUCACCCUUGAUCCUCUAAAGGAGAACGAACUUCUCAAAAGAGCCGAAUAUAUGUUACAAGAAGCUGAUAAGAUUGGUUGCCGCAGUUUCAUUACUCCCAAUGAUGUUGUGAACCACAAUUACAAACUCAACUUGGCCUUUGUGGCUAAUCUUUUCAACACCUACCCAGCUCUGGACAAAGCACCAACCGACGUGGAUUUGGAAAUCUUUGAUGAAACACGGGAAGAGAAAACCUAUCGUAACUGGAUGAACAGUGUCGGUGUCAACCCGUUCGUCUACAACCUCUACAGUGAUCUGACCGAUGGCCUGGUCCUGCUGCAGCUCUUCGACAUCGUCAAUAGUGGAAUAGUCAACUGGAGUAACGUGAUCAGAACCUUCAACAAAAUGAAAGGAAAUUUUGAGAAGCUCUCAAACUGUAAUUAUGCUGUUGAUCUUGGGAAAGAAAUGAAAUUUUCAACAGUUGGAAUCUGUGGUUCUGAUAUUGGCCAAAACAAAAUACUGACACUUGCUAUUGUGUGGCAGUUGAUGAGAGCCUACACGCUUUCCAUCCUCCGUAAAUUAACAAGUUCUUCUAAUAUGGGAGACAGAGAUAUUGGAGAAAAAGAUAUCAUUCACUGGGCAAAUACAAAACUUAAAGAGUCUGGCAAAACUUCUGUUGUUUCAAGUCUUAACGAUUCAAAUUUAUCAUCUAGUCGGGCUAUUGUCGACCUGGUUGAUGCCAUUAAACCAAAUUCUAUCAAUUAUAGCUUUGUCAAAGACUGUGAAAAUGAAGAGGAUCGUCUCGACAACGCCAAAUACGCCAUCUCAAUGUCCCGCAAAAUAGGAGCCCGUGUUUAUGCCUUACCCGAGGACAUUGUGGAAGUGAAACCCAAAAUGCUCCUAACGAUAUUCGCUUGCCUUAUGGCACUGGAUAUCGAGCUGAAUAGUAAACCAAUCGAAGAAGAAUAAUAAACAAAAAAAAAAAAAACCCUUCAUGUUGCAAUUAUUAUUAUUAUUACAAUUUGUUUUUUUUUCCCCCUCCCCUCUCCAUCAACCUAACAAAAAUCCAAAAAUCAAGACCCUUUGUUCUUGGCAAUCGGGUGCCUUGUUUUGGAUGGCAUUCCCUGCAAUAUAUAUAUAAACACACACAUACAUAUUAAAAAAAAAAAACCCAAAAACUUUCUUAAAGAAAUGCUCAUCAAUAACUACAAACAAAAAAGAAAAACAAUUAGUGCAUCUGUUAAGUUUUCUAAACACUGUCCCCUUCCUCUAUAUACUAUUAAAAUCAUUUCCAAUGAUAAAUGCACAUUUUUAUUCAAUUGUAUAAAACUCUCCUACUUUCUUGUCUAGAUGAAGGCUCUCUUUCUGUUCCGUUGUCAUGCUUCUCUCAAUUUGAGUCUCAACAACAAAGCUAAAUUUUUAUCACCCAUCUUCUUUACGAUAUAUUUAUCUUUAUCGCUAAGCUUCCCCAUUCCACUUCUUUAUUCACUGUACAAUUAUGUUAUUAAUUAAAUUUAAAUAUCU